UUUCCCCUUGGCCCCUGCUCGCUGGAGCGUCCGCGGGACCGGCCCCGCUGCCUACUCGCGGGCCAUCACAUCGCCCCUCCCUCCCCAGGCCUCGGAUCAACUCUCCAAGCGGCCUCAGAUCUCCUCCCGAUCCCUUCGAGGGACCAGGAAGGGGACUGUGGGACUCCGCUUGGUAUCCCUCCGCCGGGGUCACCCCCUCCCCUCUGUGGUAGCAGGAACUAAUUCCCCUUCGGGUCACCCAAGACCUGGACGUGGAAAUUUCACGGACCAGGGUUCCUUGUGACCCUUGGAAGAAGAAACGAUCUCUCCGAGUUAGAAACACCCCUGCCAGCUCAAAAGCGUGAUUCGGUUUAAACUAGGGCUUUGGCCUCCUGACCCCAAUCAAGCCCCGCCCCUUCCUGGUUGUCUUAGCGACGGCGGUGGCGUCCCAAGAUGGCGUCGUGGUUGCCGGAGACACUGUUCGAAAUUGUAGGACAAGGCCCGGCGCCCAGCAAAGACUAUUAUCAAUUAUUGGUCACCCGCUCUGAGAUAAUUUUUAGAUGGUGGAAGAUAUCUCUGAGAAGUGAGCAUCGAUCAUCAAAACCUGGGGAAACAAAAGAAACUCAUGAAGACUUCCUAGAGAAUUCUCACCUUCAAAUUCAAAUUGCCUUAAUAUUUGGUGCAAGGAUAUUAGACUAUGUCUUCAAUAUGUGUGAAGGUAAAUUUGAUUUCCUCGAACGGCUCUCAGAUGAUUUGCUCCUGUAUAUCAUUUCUUAUCUGGAUCUUGAAGACAUUGCCAGGCUUUCUCAAACAUCACGCAGAUUUGCAAAGCUGUGCACGUCUGAUAUUCUGUGGGAGCAGAUAGUGCAAUCCUCCUGUGACACCAUCACUUCCGACAUGAGGGCCCUGGCAGAGGACAUAGGCUGGAGACAAAUGUUCUUCACCAACAAGCUCCAGCUGCAGCGGCAGCUCCGCAAGAGGAAACAAAUGCACGACAGCCUGGGAGAGAAUCAGCUGUUUUAGGGACACCUUUUGCUGCCGGCAGGAAGCUCUGAGGCACCUCUGUGCUUCUCUUCAGGGUCCAAAUCUUAAGAACAACGUUCCACUGAUCCCAGGGUCUUUCGAAAAGAAUAGAGGAUUUGUACACAAAUGCAGAACUCGGCCACCCAGGGCCCUGCUGGAACCACCAUCCCUGUUACACGGAGGGCCAGGUUGUGGCCCUGGAACAAGGAGGUCAAGAUAAGGAGCUUCGCGGGUCACUGUCUUCCCAACCCUGACGGUGCUCAGAACAGACACUGUGCUGUACAUCAGCAAACAAUAAAUGGUCAUCAGCAAGUUUCAUUAUA